UCAGUGCCUAGCUGCCCCUGUACAGGACUCAGUCUGACUUGGUUACAAUCAUUGUUUGGCUGCAGCAUUAACCACAUUCCUCACUGCCCUAGCACGCUUGUCUCCUUCCGCACAUUCCUUGCCCGUGCAGCGAGAAAAAAAAAAACGCAAAAAAAAAAAAGCACAGAAAAGAGUCCCUCCCUCCUUGCUUUCUUCUUCCCUCCCCGUUCCCAUCUGGUCUGUCUCUCCGCCUGUUCUCUCGUCAGACCCACCUACCCCCUCUGCUUGGCGGGUCCUCUUUAUGUCUCCUCAGUCCUGUUUCAGGAACCCUCAUGCAUUUUGUUUCAUAAAACAAGAAAGAAAAGAGACAGAGAGGGGGACGAGAGACCGGGAAAUUCCUCCGCGCAGCAUGCCAUUGACUCAAGCACAUCAACUUAGUUAAGGCUCAACUGACAUAAGGGAUUUUUUUUUUUAUUUCCCGGGCUCAUUUCCCUGACUUCCCCUUCUGCUGGAAGCACAAGAAGAAGAAGAAGCCGUGUGCUAGUGGAGGAAGAGGAGGCAGGACAUGGAGAAGUACGAUGAGGACAUUGCACUGCAGGCUAGCAAGUUCCUGGAGGAUCUGUCUCUGUAUGAUGGGCACAGGCUGUAUGGGCAGGUUGGCGACAUGCUGCUCUCCAAUGAUCACAUUCUGGUGGCAGAUCACAGAGGAAGAAGGCUAAAUGGCAGCCUGACACAGUAUCUGCCUCACUCCUCCUCAGACAAAGUUUACCCACCGGGUUCUUCCCAGUUGAGAUCUAUGAACGGCACCAGAGGAGAUGGAUACAUGGAUGAGGGCAUUUACAAGUCUGAUGUGGCCUUGCCAUGCUACAGUGGCAUCUCCGAGAAGAACAAGAGAUACUCUGCAGAGCUGUAUAGACACAGCUGUGGAAACUCAUUUGAGGGUGUUCCCAUCAGUGCCAAACAGGGUGGCAUUACUGCAUUAUACUCAGGGGGCAAGAUGAGUAACUCAUGCAUGUCAGGACAAGACUUGAAGCUCAGUGCAACCAGCCCAAGGUCUAGUAUGGCAUCCACAGCCUCCUCCUCUCAGGAGCACAGCAAGUAUUCCAGUCCCAGAUCCAGCAUCAGUUCCAAUGCCCUUUCACUAGACAAAUUCUCCAGUCCCAGGUGCAGCUUGGUUGUGCCAGGGCAGCAGGAGAAAUACACAAGUCCCAGAUCUAGUUUGGGGCAAUAUGAGGGUGGGGUGUUAAGUCCAAGGUCUAGCUAUGCUAGCACCACUAGUGAUACUAGCAAACACUCAAGUCCCAGAGCAAGUUUGACUAGUUAUGACUGUGGAAGUAAGCCCAGCAGCAACCGCACUAGCGGUAUCAGUAUGGGCUACGAUCAAAGGCACAUCAGUCCUAGGUCCAGCACGGCAAGUCAGUAUUCAUGCACCACUAGUCCGAGGUCUAGCUACUCGGACUCACGGUAUAUGCCAUCUGGCAACCCUGAUUUAGAUGGUGUAGGAGGUCAUGGGAGUCUGGUAAGCCCCAGGUCUAGUUUGUGCCUACAGGAAGGUAGAUCUGCCACCUUGGGCAGCUGCAACCCUUCUGUGGUUAGCCCUAGGUCCAGUAUUUCAAGCCAUAGCUCUCGCAGCUCCAGAAGCUCCAGGGGAUCUAUGGGGGCAUAUGCUGAUCUUACAGUACCCUCCCCCAGGUCCUCAAUGCUAGGAACAAGUCUACAAGAGGAGACCCUUGUACAGGAUGUUGGUGAGGCAUGUCACUACAAAGUUCUAACUCAGUCACCUCCAAGACAGGAGCAACAGCAACAUCAAACCAUCACCUCUAGUCAUGAUCCCAAUUCUGGAGCUGUUGCAUCUUACAACUUCAGCUCUGCCAAAGGAUCUGCUACAGUGCAUCGGUUCAAACUACCUUAUCAAGUUACCCCAUCCAGGGAGAGUGGACCUAGCCAGGCUGAGAGAAGGCUGGAAGCUCUGACCUUGGAACUAGAGAAAGAGCUCGAAUUGCACAUGAAAAAAGAAUAUUUUGGUAUUUGUAUAAAAUGUGGUAAAGGUGUUUAUGGAGCAAGUCAGGCCUGUCAGGCCAUGGGAAAUCUCUAUCAUACAAACUGCUUCACAUGCUGCUCUUGUGGGAGAAGACUAAGAGGUAAAGCUUUCUACAAUGUCAAUGGGAAGGUGUAUUGUGAGGAAGAUUUCUUGUAUUCUGGCUUUCAGCAGACAGCAGACAAGUGUUUUGUUUGUGGCCAUCUGAUAAUGGAAAUGAUCUUACAGGCCCUGGGGAAGUCUUACCAUCCAGGCUGCUUUCGCUGUGUGGUUUGUAACGAAUGUUUGGAUGGAGUUCCUUUUACCGUUGAUGUGGAAAACAAUAUUUACUGCGUCAAAGAUUACCAUACAGUUUUUGCACCCAAAUGUGCCUCUUGCAACCAGCCAAUUUUACCAGCACAGGGAUCAGAAGAAACUAUCCGAGUAGUAUCAAUGGACAAAGAUUACCAUGUGGAGUGUUAUCACUGUGAGGACUGUCAGCUACAGCUGAAUGACGAAGAAGGCCGCCGAUGCUACCCAUUGGAAGGGCACCUGCUGUGCCACAGCUGCCACAUCAGGCGUAUAAGUGUUAAUGUCCCUCCACACCAACCUCCCAGCUACCCAAUGCAUGUUACAGAACUCUAGGAACAAAACCCAAGAUAUUGGGAGAUGCCCGUGUUGACUGUGGAAGAGAGGAGAAAGACUUCAGUCAUCCUGUCCUGUAACACUUCUGGUACAAUACGUACAUGACGGUUCCUUAACCUACAUUGACACCAGUGGUGGGUUUUUGAUCAUUCUAAUGGUAAAGGAUUGAGCAAAUAGUUGUCCCCAGAAAAGAAGUUUUUGUUUUUUUUUAAAAAAAAGUGCCAUUUACUGCUGCUUUUGUGAAACCUCUGGUAUUACUUUUUACAAACUUUUGUGCACUUCUCAAGAACUAAGAGAUGGUAAGAGUAGUACUUUUAGCAGCAAAUGAAUAAUCAGACAUUGUACUUUAUUAUUUAUUGUCCCCUCAAAUGUCCCUGGAUACUAUAUGACAGUAGUGAGCACCUAUCCAUCAGCCGUAGUCGUCUGGGAUCUCCUUAACAUUAGCACUUAUUAGAACUAUUUUAAUGGCAUACAUUUCUGUUUGAACUAGAUGGGUCUGGCAUUGUGCCUAUUUUAUUGAAGCAUCAAAAAAGAGUUGUCUGCUACAACCAAACUACUGCAGGACCAAUAAUCUUAUUACACAUGUGUUGUCUUAUGCAGUGCAAGAGCUUUCCUAGCUGCCAUAGUGUUAACUCUGUUUGAGAUCCAUAACCAUUUCUGUACAUUGUAAACAACAUUGUAUAAAAUAUGUGUUAUCAUUUGUUUCCUUCUUCAAAAGCUUACGCUCUGUUUUUUUAUUGUCCAAAGUCACCAAAACAGGACUUUCAGGCUGACUUUCUUUCUAUGAAGUAUUAGAUUUGGGGUUUACAGUAUCUAGUAAUGGUAAGUCUAAAGCACUGGCACCUACCAAGUAAUCUUGAAGGUGUCUCACCACUCUUCCGAGCGGCUUCAGUUCAGUCUCGUUAAAUAAUACUUAGAUUACUUAGUACUUCCAGUUGCUCCAGAAUUACCAUUACUGGACGCUGGGUAUCAAGACCUGGGUGAAUGAAAGCCUUCGGGUAUAUACAAUUGUCAUAAAAUAUACAAUUCAUUUACAGAUAUUGACAUUGUCAGCAGUAAAGUGUAUUUACACUUGUCACACAGAAAAUGCUACGUUGAAGGCAAACUACUGGAGAUCUAUGCCUUACAGCAUCCGUGGGGCUGGCCCCCAUAAUGUGUCUCCAACAGUGGCUGCUAAAGGAUAAUUCAAAUAAAUUCUUAUUUGGUGUCCUGGAAAUGGUUUAAAAUGAUAGUAGGGUGACUGAUACCAUGAAUCUUUUACAUAUCUGUAACAUUAUUAUUAGUUAAGGGGCUCCUUACCAAAUUUUUAGCCAGCAAGGGGCUUUUAAGGGUACCUGUCACCCUGAAAUUGUUCCCCACAUCAGAGGUGUGGGCUAGAGCCUGCCUUCUAGUUGGGGAAGACAAUGUUGGGUUUUUGUUGUUUUUUUUUUUUUUUUUUUUUUUUUUAAAGGGGAACUUCAA